AUGCGCUUUGAAUCGUCCACCUCCUACAAGCUUUCAGGUCAAGAUGAUGCGGACGGGGGGGAUGUGGGAAGCCCAAAGCUUUGCAAAGAAGCCUAUGCGCCGGUCUGCGGCGACCGAACGGAGUCGGAGGCAUUUGUGCGGCGCACCGACGCCCGGACUUCCACGGAGAAAAUGUCCGCGCCCGUGUCCUCAUCGCAUCCAGGGAGCGGCCAUCGGCCAUCUUUCCACAAAAGGCGAAAUAGCCGUUUGGACCCGAGCCGCCAGGGAAGGCUCGGGACGCUCGAACUGGCGCCAGGCAAACGUGGGGCGGGCCGCGUCCACCUCAGCAACCCGGGGAGAGAAGCUGUCCGCUUUGCACAGAGCACGUUCCGAAAUGACACCGCGGGCGCAGCCAUCUUAGAAGUCAGGUGUCCGUACAAAGGAAAACGACUUUUCCGCGGAGUUAAAAGAGCCAAGGAAUUGCUGAUACUGGAGGAUGUGGCCGUGGACUUUACCUGGGAGGAGUGGCAGCUCCUGGACUCCGAGCAGAAGGACCUGUACAGGGACAUGAUGAUGGAGAACUACAGCCACCUGGUGUCAGUGGGGUAUCAAGUCAGCAAACCAGAUGCUCUCUCCAGAUUGGAACAAGGAGAAACGCUGUGGACAUUAGAAGAUGAAAUCCACAGUCGAACCCACCCAGAAAUUGAGGCAAUUGAUCAUCUGCAGUGGCACUUGCAAAACUAAAAUAUGCUGAAGGCAAUGGAACAGCAUGCAUUUGGAAGCAUUGUUCUGCAGAGCAAAAGUCAUUUUCCUUUAAGGCCAAACAAUAUGUUUGAUUUAGAUGGGAAAACUUUGAAAUCAUAUUUAGAUUUCAUCUACCAGAGUAGAAGCUGUGACAUAAGGGAGCCUGCUGAGUUUAAUGGAGAUGGAAGAUCCCUUCUCCAUGCAAAUCACGAGCAAACUCAUACUGAAAUGAAAUUCCACAGAAGUAGCAAGCCCAUCAGGACCAAGUCCCGGUCUCUUAAAAUUCAGGAAACACACAGAAGAGAGAAUGCCUAUGAAUGUACUGAAAGUGGGAAAGCCAUCCUCAAGCAGCCUCAGCUCAUGGAACAUAAGGUAAUUCAUACAGGAAAGAAACCCCAUGGAUGCAGUGUCUGUGGGAAAACCUUUCCCAAGAAGUUCAAGCUCACUGAACAUCAGCACGCUCACAGUGGAGAGAAACCUCAUGCGUGCAAACCUCAUGCAUGCAGCGAGUGUGGGAAAGCCUUUCUCAGGAGAUUUCAACUUACUGAACAUCAAAAGAGUCAAACGGGAAAUAAACCCCAUGUGUGCAGGAUGUGUGGGAAAGCUCUCUGUAAAGUGUUUCUAGCUCUCUGUAAAAAGGCAAUAAAAUAUAUUUAAAAAAAUAAUGAACCCUUCUGCAUGGCUGUAUGAGCAUAGAGAGAAACGUGACCGGAUGACUACUCUAACUUUAAGCUCACGGGUGUGGGGUCCCCUCCCCAGAAAGGUAGUAUUUGUUCUCAGAAAGG